AUGAGCUGUUCAAAGGAUUUCAAGGAUGAGAUUCUAAAAGUGCGCAGAGAGGUGCAGCUGUCCUGUGAUUCAAAGCUGUUGCUGCGACGAUUAAAAGAAACGCACCGUUGCCUGAAUGAGACCACAACGGAUUCAAAUUACAAGCUAUACGUGGCCCAUUUGGUGAAGGAACUGGUGGAUUGGAUCACGAUGAAGCAGGACCGUGACUUCGCAACGGUUGAAGGGCAGGCUUGUUUCGAUAUGCUAGAGAACUUUGUAAGCAUCUGCCAUCAGGCGCAGGCAUCGAUACGAAGCUUCAUAGUAUCACGGUUGUACAAUGGAAUCGUAACGCUGAAUGAAAAGAGCGACAGCAAUCGAACGAAACUUCGCGUAUGUCAGCUAAUGUGCGGCUUUACCAUCGAAGAUGAACAGGCCGAUUUGUUUGGACGGAUAAAGCGAGUCGUCCUGAAAAUGGUCAAGGCAUCAAACGAUGUUGCGGAAGAUAGCGCCGAUUUAGUGAUAAACAUGCAACGUAAGCUGCUUGAGCAUGCGUCCAUCAGUAGUCGAAACUCGGACGGGAUUCGUCAGGCAGCGCUAACCCUUUUUCGAGAAGUAUUUGACGGUAAUAUAGCUAUCCUGUAUCGAUCAUUCACCGUGAAUCGCACAAAAGCUCGCUUGCUCUACGAUACGAUAAUGCACACGAUGGUGACAAUUGUGAAGCCUGACGAGAAGGAACUUAUCAGCUUGCUGCAUGAGAGCGUCGGGUACGUCGAGACCAUUCUCGCUUACUCCAGUGAACACGCGGAGUACCAACGGUUUGCGGAUUUUUUUAAAAUCUACAAAGGCAUUUCCAGCGAACCUUAUGCCAGCUGCUAUCUUAUGGUGCAGGGUAUGCUACAGCUCAUCAAAACAGACCGCCCGCCCGCUUUAUUGAUAGAAUCCAUCGCAGAUCGAAUUCGAACCGUUCACGCCGGUUUUCCAUCCCACGCAUUGGUAGUAAAAGUAGCAAUUUUUCUCACUUGUCAAGGCAAUCUGUACUUCUACAGCCUACCUCAGGAGGUGAUGUUGGGUGUGUCACGGCAGUCAAUCGAUUUCUUCGAAGCUUUAAUGUUGUUUGUACGCCACUGCCCAGCCGAAACCGUCCCAGAACUAUGCCGAAAGUGCACGAGUUCGCGACGUCACCUGGCCGACAAGCUCCUGAGUGUGCUGAUGAAUUUGAGCAUCUCACAGGCAAGGAAUGUGGCCGAACACCGAUCGAGUAUGGACGAUCCCCUACAAAAGCUUUCGUUCUCCGUUAGCAAGGGAUGUGAGCUGAUCAAGCGCAAGCUUGCUCUGCUGGAGGAACUUGGCUGCGAGCGAAAGCAAUCACUGCUCGAAUGCUCGAUGCGGUACGGUAUCUCAUGGGUCAAGUACAUAGUGACCAUUUUGCGUGAUCAGCCACGAGACUCGGAAAGUGUGAGUGAAAUCGUCGAAAUUCUAAAGGUACUGGUUACCGUGCAAAAUCGCUAUCGGUUCGAGUUCCUGUCCGAUUUGUACAUCGUGCGAUUACUGGAGAAUACCUACAUUGAAAGAUCCACCAGCGUUGAAGGUUCCGACCUAUCCAGUAGGCCAUGCUGGGCAAAUUUAAGCGUGCUUCAGUUGAAACUGUUGCUUACCAUUCGGGAACAGUCUUCCGUGAUCCCGAGUGAAGAACAGAGCUCUUCGAUUAGCUCGAUCGUACGAGCGAUCAUGUGCUGCCAAAUGAACACUUCCGAAGAUGAUCCAAUACGAUCACUGACGAUUGUACAGCUGUACGAUCAUCCUUCCUUCGAUCGGCACGGGUUUGCAUUCGAUUGCGCGCCCAGCCGAGAUGAGAAAUUUGUGAUUCUCGCGGAGGAGAUGAACUUGGUGGCAAAAUAUAAAACGCCAACGUCACUCCCCAUGUGGGAGUACUUCCUCGAGCUGACCAAGUUGGGUAGUGUACGGAUGAACUGCUUGACAUUCGGAAUGGCUUUACACGGCUUCAACGAACAAGAAGUCACCAAAUUACCCCAGUCGCUACUAGACGAGGUAUGUGCUGCCUUGGAAGAGUAUAAGCCAACAAAUGUGUUGGAACGGAUCAAGCGUUCGGCAUCGCUUGCGAUGGCCAGCUACCAGACCUACAGCUCUUUCAGUAGGGCAUCGCUGAAGCGAAUGCGCGACGUUCCGUUCAAGGUUGAGCACUUUCGCAACGAUCAAAUCGAGCAGAUGCUACAGGAGAAUCAACUCGACCGUGAAACGGAACAGUAUGAGCGCAUGGAGGCGAUCCGACGACAUUAUGCGGACAUGCUGGACGAACUGACGAAGGAUGGCUUCCGCUCGCUAUGGGUGUUGCCCUCAAUCGUGCAGAUUUCGAGCAUACUGGACAACACGGCACGAUUGUAUCAGUUGAACUAUCAUCCGCAUCGGGCUGUAGAGUUGCAGCUCCUGAAUCUCUUGCUCGUUAGCCAGCGACGAGACAAACGUCCACUAGAUCAGUGCGCAGCGUUGGCAUUCCUGCUUGAGCAGCACCGAUUGACAGCGGUGCUGAUGAAGCAGCAUUUCUCUACAAGCAGUACCCAGAAAAGGCCACCGCAUGCCGGUGGAACUCUCGAAUCGUUACAUGACCUGGCCAAGCGUGCCACGGACUUACUGCAUACGUACGGUGGUGCCAACUACCGCGACGAUGUGCUGGAUAAUCGAAAGUUUCAGUUUCUGAAUCUAUACCUCGGUCUUGCAGUGUAUGAAGCCUCCGAGAGUGGGCUUACGCAAGCGCUAAACCUUAUACAGCAAGCUCGCGGAAAUCUGGCUACAUGCCCGAUCGACGAAACCAUCGGCCAGCUGAUCCGUGGUCGUAUGGCACAGAUCAUAUUUCGGCUGGUGAUUGAAUACGGACUAUGUUGGCCCGAUGCUGUGCCGCCGAUUACCUUCCUAAAGCUAAUGCUGGCUAAGUUUAACGAACUGCAACAAUUAACCUCGGAACAUACAUUCUCGAUGUCGCUGGCCACAGUAGAGAUGACGAUUCAGGUGCUGCAGUAUCAACUCAUGCGUUACGACAUUGGGUCGCAGUUCGAGCCACAAGUGGAACAACUGCUGAAGUUCGUCUUCCGCAGAGGGUUAGGUUUGCGCGUGAUGCAACUUCUUCUGCUGUACGGGCAGAUGUGUGCCGACAUGGAAAAACUGGACCGCUGUGAGUGUACCCUUCGGUAUCUGGAUCGUUUGUUGAUGCUGUCUCCGAAUCCGCUGGAUCACGGCAAGGAAAACAGGCAAAUUACGGAUGAUGCGUUACAGAAGAACAAGCAUAAGACGGUACCAAUCGCUCCCGUUAAAAGUUUACCGUCAGCGGGAGUUCACGGUGGCAUGGAAAAUCUGGUCGAUGAUGAGCGAAAAGCGGUAUCAAAAGCGAAUGAUCAUUUUGCAGUGUCUAAUAUUGACCGGCCCGCUGCUGUGUUGCAUGAAGAUUCGGUGAAGGCCGCUAUGGAGCAGUAUCUGAUGUUCCGGCAUGCUGUUGGUUGCGGUUGUCGUUAUUGCCGCUAUCCGCAGUACAAAUCGAUGGCAUUCCAAACAGCAGCGUUCGCAGUACGGUUUUAUGCCCUCCAGCAACAGAAACCGUCGGCGUUGAUCGAACAUCACUACCAAUUGAUUGUCGAGCACUGGCGAUCGCAAAUGCAUCCCAUUUUGGAGCGUUUUGCCACUACCUCCACAAUGGAUGUUCCUCUUUGGUGCGGUCCCGGGUAUCGAAGAGAUCUGCUGAUGAUUGUGAUACGCAUACUUCUGCAACGUGGGCAAUACUUGGUCAAGCAGAAGCAUUUCGCCGCGGCUCUAAAGGUUUACCAGGGAGCAGCGGAACUCACCAAAUGUAAAACGGUCGACAUAUUUUGCGUCGAUUUGGCGCUAGUCGAAGACGUCCAUUUUAAUAUGACGUCGGUAAGGAUGUUGCUGGACCAAGCGAGCAGAGGCUACCUGUUGCGUCACAAGCGCAGUCGAUCGGAGAUCAAUUCGCGUUUCAAUGAAUUCCUUGCCAAUCGGAAAGUUUCCACGCCUCCACCGUCUUCCGGGAUGAACGAUAUGGCUUCACUAAGUACGGGCAUGAAUAAACUGAACUUGAAAACUCCAAAGGUGGAUGGGUCAUCUGCGCACGCGAGCCGCAUCCGUGUACCGCCUAAAACGGUCGGUCGGUCGUAUGAAUUACUGCACCAGGCAGCAUCUCGUCGUUAUCAAAUGAAGGCCACCAGCGCAGAAAUGGCCGUAUCCGACCUAACCGUCACAAACCGCCCGCAAUUUGCUUCGGCCCGUAAACCGAAAACAGUGAACAUUUUUAUCGAUUCGCCUCCAGAACAAUCGAAAAAAUUGCCUGUGGCUCCAGCAACGGUUGGCAAACGUAUUCAACCUACAUUCUCGUCAUCAGAGACCAGCGUGAAUCCAAAGACUAGAAAACCGGAUAACGGCGUGGUAGAUUUAAGGGAAGCUUAUACCAGUGGCGAGUUUAAAAACGCUUCAUUAGAGUUGGCUAACUCGACCAAAGUAAAAUCACGUAGACGUCAGGAGAAGGAUGCGCACACUCACCAGGAAUCAGAUAAGGAAAGCGGUGCCAAUACGUAUGCUGCGGAAUUGAUUAAGCAUAAGUCGCCCUACCAAAAGGCAAAUACUCAGGAAAUCCAUAUCGGGAAAGAUGGCCGUAAAGUGCGCCGUCUUAUGGUGGACGAUUUUCCCAGUCUUGGCGAACCUAAGGCCAGUGACACGCAAGCGUCCGUCAAGACACCUCAGCCACAGAAACGAAAAAUCAUCCCCACAACGUCUGCGGUUGGUUGCGCCAGUCCGGCAUUGGAUAGAUCUUUCCGGGAUGCGCUCGUGCUGGGUGAACCGGAACACAAAACCGACACCAGCUUGAUCGUAUUGGACGACUCCGAAAGCAACGAGCAGCAGUCGGAAGAAGCGAUAGAGACGAGUUUUGAGAACAGCCAUGCCGUGUCGGUAGAUAAGAAGCUCGGUCUGUCGUUAAAGUCCUACUCGGAAAGGAAGCGUCUCCUUGGCAGCGGAACCCUGUCGUCAUCCGCUGCAAGAAAGGGAAUAGCGAAGCGCAUGUCUCCCUUUGUGGUAUCGAAAACAAAACUAUGUUUUGACGAACCCAGCCCUGAGCAAAAAAGCGUGGAUACGUCGGAAAGAAGUGUGUCCAAUUUGGCCAAGAAAAUACCCAGUAAAUCCAGUCUCUCACUCACAAAACAAAAUACUAGGCGAAAGACAAAGAAAAGUGUUGAAAGUCCAAAGGAGAGCAACGCAAUUUUGCCAUUGGAAACGAUGGAAACACAUGUGGAUAAUAUUGCUACCCGAACAAGGCUACGUAGGAAGCGUUUGUAA